ACUGACCUAUGUAAUUGUCAAAGGCAAAGGCGAGCGAGAGGCGAUAAAUAAUUUUUAAUUUUACUUCGACUAACCGUUCGCGAAAUGAAAUUCUAUUGUCGAAAAAUGUUGGAAAGUGUGUUUGUAUGAGAAAUAAGUGUAAACACAUUGCCAUUGUCCAAGCUAAAUGCAAAUUCCUUGAAUAUUUCCAAUUGGAAUUUUGUGCAAACAGGGUGUCUGUUCGCGUAUGUGUGUGUGCGUGUGUGUGCUUGUGCCUGUGUAUGUGCCAUCCUUAAUUUUUUCGCACAUAUGUAUGUAUGUAGCUGAACAUUUUUCUCUAAUAUACCAACAAUCGAGAGCGAGCGCACACACAGCGAGAGCAAAGAGAGCAGCACGGCGCACAGCCACAGCCACGGUACCCUUGCGAGAAAAGUACAACUCCAACCACCUCUAAUUGGCAGAGAUCGAGUGAGCGACAUCGUUUUUGUAACCACCGCAGCUGCAUUCACGCGGCGUAGCCGACUACUCCUGCCAAUAACCAGAUCGCAACACCAAUAACAACAUCAAGAUCAACAAGAAGAGCACACAACAACUUAGCACAACACACGACGCACACGUGCAGCUGAAACAAUCAGCGAAAUGUUUACGGGUAAACUGCAGAUCAAGGUUUGCGAGGCGAGCGGCCUGCGUCCAACAGAUUUCCAAAAGCGCCACAAUUUAACAUUUGGCAAAUUGGCCGAUGAGCAACUCAUCGAUCCUUACGUGUCCAUAGAUGUCGACGAGAGUCAUUUUGAUCGCUCGACAACAAGACCAAAGACGUUCGAUCCGGUAUGGAACGAACAGUUCGUCCACGACGUCAACAAUGCGCGCAACAUCAAUUUAACUGUUUUUCAUGAUGCCGCCCUGCCGCCGGAUGAUUUUGUCGCCAAUUGCAUUAUUCCAUUUGAGGAUCUAAUUCAGAGCGAGUCCGGAGUUCCGGAUCUAUGGAUUAACCUGGAGCCACAAGGCAAAAUUCAUGUCAUUAUCGAUCUGAAGAACCGCAAUGGUAGGCAUGAGCAUUAUGAUCAAGCUAAAGUUGACGCCGAGGUGGAGAAGACUGUGGCCGUUAACAAGGAGUUCAAAGAACGUGCCGGAUUCAAUCGACGCCGUGGUGCUAUGCGCCGUCGUGUGCAUCAGGUCAACGGGCAUAAGUUUAUGGCUACAUUCUUGCGGCAACCGACCUUCUGUUCACAUUGUCGUGAAUUUAUUUGGGGAAUUGGUAAACAAGGCUAUCAAUGUCAAGUCUGCACCUUAGUUGUACAUAAAAAAUGCCAUCUGUCAGUGGUCUCCAAGUGUCCUGGCAUGCGCGAUGAGCAGCUAGCCAAAGUGGAAGUGGUGCCGGCCGGCCAGAGAUUCAAUGUGAAUGUGCCGCAUCGGUUUAUGGUGCACAAUUAUAAGCGAUUUACAUUCUGCGAUCAUUGCGGUUCGCUGCUCUACGGACUCAUCAAGCAGGGACUGCAGUGCGAGACAUGUUACAUGAACGUCCACAAGCGGUGCCAGAAGAAUGUGGCCAACACGUGCGGCAUCAAUACCAAGCAAAUGGCCGAGAUACUCAGCUCGCUGGGCAUCUCGCCAGAUAAGCAGGGGCAGCAGCCGCGACGCUCCAAAUACUUGAGUCAACCCGGUGGCGAGGAUAAUUAUGGCGCCUCGCUGGGAGGCGAGGGUGGCGACAAUGUGCCGGGCGCCUCAUUUCGCAGCAGCGCAUUGUCGGUCGACAGUUUGGCCACGUCGACGACUACGCUGACCAGCGGCUACAAUAGCAGCAGCUGCAUGAGCAUAACCGUGGGCGCUGGAGGAGGUUCGCGACCUGGCAAAUGCUCACUGCUUGACUUUAACUUUAUCAAGGUGCUGGGCAAGGGAUCGUUUGGCAAGGUGAUGCUAGCCGAGAAGAAGGGCUCCGAUGAGAUUUAUGCCAUUAAAGUGUUGAAGAAGGAUGCGAUCAUCCAGGACGAUGAUGUCGACUGCACAAUGACAGAAAAACGCAUCCUGGCCCUGGCCGCCAAUCAUCCAUUUCUCACGGCGCUACAUUCGUGUUUUCAAACUCCAGAUCGAUUGUUCUUUGUCAUGGAGUAUGUGAACGGUGGUGAUCUAAUGUUUCAAAUACAAAAGGCGCGUAGAUUCGAGGCGGCCCGGGCCGCAUUCUAUGCGGCGGAGGUGACGCUCGCCCUGCAGUUUCUGCACACCCAUGGUGUCAUCUAUCGCGAUCUGAAGCUGGAUAACAUACUGCUCGACCAGGAGGGCCAUUGUAAGCUCGCUGACUUUGGCAUGUGCAAGGAGGGCAUCAUGAACGGCAUGCUGACCACGACAUUCUGUGGCACACCCGACUACAUCGCUCCCGAGAUACUCAAAGAGCAAGAGUACGGCGCCUCUGUCGACUGGUGGGCGCUCGGCGUACUCAUGUAUGAGAUGAUGGCCGGUCAACCGCCAUUCGAGGCUGACAAUGAGGAUGAACUUUUCGACUCGAUCAUGCACGAUGAUGUGCUCUACCCGGUCUGGUUGUCCCGCGAAGCCGUGUCCAUUUUGAAGGGCUUUCUCACCAAGAAUCCUGAGCAGCGUUUGGGCUGCACCGGCGAUGAGAAUGAAAUCCGCAAGCAUGCUUUCUUCAAUAAACUAGACUGGAAGGAGCUGGAGAAGCGGAACAUAAAACCACCAUUCCGACCUAAAAUGAAAAAUCCACGGGAUGCCAACAAUUUUGAUGCCGAAUUUACCAAAGAGGAGCCGGUGCUAACACCAAUUGGUAAUGAUGUCAUCGUUUGCAUUAAUCAGGACGAGUUCGCCGGCUUCUCAUUUGUCAAUCCCAAAUUUGGGCCAGAGCGCAAGGUGUUUUAAUGCGGCGUCCUCUGGAUGAUUGGAUGGAUAUGCGCUUGAUGUUAGCGGGAGAUCGACCAGCAAACUUGGAUAAGUCGAAAUUUGAAGCACAGGGCAAUUUGUUGUCGGGUUUUAAAUGGUUGCAGCCCUAUGCGACUAUCUCUUACCCCAUUCCUAGACCUAGCUUAUCCCUAGCUCUUAAACCUAAAACUUUGCUUCCGUUGAACAAUUUGUUUGAACGCUUUAUUGUUGUCUGUUUCCAGUUGUCGUCUUUUAUCAUUUUAAAGUUAUUUGUUUAUUCGUUUUAAGUUAUCUGUUGGAAUUUACAAAAGCGAAACUCUUUAAAAAAAAAAAAACAAGAAAACAAAAAAAAUCACAACUAAAAAGCAAUUGCAUAAAGAAAAUGAUUGGAGAGAUCGCAAUUUAUAUAUAGAUAGAAACGAUUAUAUAUCACGUAUUCGGGAAGCGCGUAGAAAAUCCUACAGUCGUCAACUACGACCAGUGCCAAUAAACAAUUAACUAUAAAUUGUAUGCAUAGACGUACGCACACACACACACAACCACACAUGAGUACAAACACACACACCCAUACACACACACACGAAAUUAUUGUUAUGAAUUUGUUUAUAUUAUUCAUAUAUUAUUUAUCGCUGUCUAUCAGUCUAUUUUAAAAUCCUUUGCUUUUGCUCGUGUUAAUGCUCAAAGCUAGGCGCUAUUUUUGCAGCUUACCCAACCUAUACCCCAGUACGAUAUAACAUUAAUAUUAUUACGUUGAUUGCCCAAAAAAAAAGAAAGAGAAAUCAACAAAGAAGCCCUGAUCUAGUCAAUGUUGUUGCAAAUGCAGCGCCAUGUUUUUUGUUAUUAGUUUUUUAUUUAUUAACGUGCCGAAUCUCAAGUUUCGCACCCAAAUGCAGACAACAUCGCAACAGCGCUGUCCACAGCGAAUCUCAAGAGAAUGUCACAACAGGCAAUAAAAUAAGCCGUCUGUAUACACACACACACACACGCACACACACAGGCACACACACAAAGACAAAUACACGCACACAGACAGACAGACAGACAGACACACAAGAAAAUACGAUUAAAAUAUAUUAACUAACUUAAUGCGUAUUCGAACUCUUGCACAAUUUCCUUCUCAAGUAUUAAAGCGAUAUUAUUUUAAAAUUAACUUAUUGUUAUACAUACAUACAAACAUAAUAUUAUAACAACAAAAUGAAAUACAAAUUAUAAAUAAAUAAAAAUGCAAUAAAACCAAAAAAAAAAUAUGCAAACACAAGCAACAAAAACACACACAAAAACAACACAAAUGCAGAAAAUAAAACAAUAACACUAAACUAAAAAAAAAAGAAAAAAAGGAGAAAAAACACAAAGCUUAGUCGUAAGAUGAGAGCAAACUUUCAAGUAAAACAAAAACAUUUCUAAA